GCAUCCGGCGGCAGAUGGAGGAUCGGCGGCAAAGCGAAGGGCGGGUCCGCCGCCAGAAGCCUGCUGGGUUCACUCUGGACCGCCAUAAGCUGUUAGUCUCAGCGGAGGCCCGUGUUAGCACAUGUCUAUGCAAAGAAGCAAUGUGACAUUCCAUUGCCAAAGGUAGACUCAACAUGAAAUAACAUCCAUGGAGGCUUCACAGAUGAGUAUAUUUUUGACAUUUUCUUUUCUUAUUUUUAGGUUUUCCCUCAAAUGAAAGUAUUUUUUUUCAGCGCUUGAGAAUGAAGAGAGUAGGCAUCAAAAUGAAGGGAAAAAAAAAAAAGCUUGCCAUUAAGUAUCACAAUAAGACUGAAGUAGCGAAUGAUAUUCUUGGACGUGACAGAGAGCCUCACUUGUUUUCUGGCCGAUUUUUGCCGCUGACAUGACUCUCGUCAAAUGCGACGGGCAAUGGAGGACCCAGUUUCGUAGACUGGACUCUCCCGGCACAGGACGGGUGGAGCGCCGCACGCUGCUCUGCUCUCCUUUCUGGAACAAAAUCAUGGAGUUGAACUCAUCAUUCACUCUCGCCAGUUGUCCGGCGUUUGCUCUUUUUCAACCGAAACCUUCCGGCCUUUGCUCUGCUGCCGUGCCGCAGCAAGCGAAAGCAGAAGUCGCAUAACGGCGAAGGGCUUCCAGCCUGUUUAACUUUGGGCUUCUUCUUCCUCUGUGCUGCACAGAGUACAAUGCAUUAUUAUUAGGCUGUACGUAACUUAGCAACAAAAGUAUUGAGACUGUUGUGUGUGUGUAUUCUCAGUCAAAAAAAAAAAAAAUAUAUAUAUAUAUAUAUUUUUUUAAAAACAAGUCCAAAUAGUGGCUUCGCAAUGUACACAUUCAGGCCUGUGAAGUGAUCCGUUGAGGGUUUUGUCUUCCAACACUUUUUUGUUGACAAAAUGCCAUAUUUGGAGCGGGCAUGGGGGAAGUGGCGGGGCAAAUUCAGCCCUGUUGCAGUCGAUUGUUGAAAAAGAGGGAGGAAAUUCUCCGGUAGUGACGUCACCGGAAUUCCCCGCAACGCCUGGUUGAGAAACUAUUGAAGCUUCUCAAGAGAUAUUUAUGCGCGUGAGUCUAGACACUCGAGUGUAUGAGCGUAGAUAUUAGUCUUUUUUUAUUUUAUUUUUUUGACUGUUUUUUAUUUUAUUUUUUUUUGCAUUUCACAGCGGCGUCACGCGCAGUUUUUUUUUUUUUUUUUUUUUUAAACUUUCAUUUUCGUCGCUCUGGUGCUUCUUGUUGUUUCAGUGGACGCGUUUCGGUGGUUCGUCCUUGCGUCUUGGUGGACUUUGUGCUUUGUUGUGUUGUGUUUUUACGUGCGUGAUGGUGCAAGCUACAGUUGUUGUUUUUUUUGGGGGGGGGGGACCACUCUGAACUGCAACUCUGCCUUUCUCCAGCAAAGGACCGCGCUCUCCAACGGGCCCUAUUGGGUCGGACGAACGGCAAUUCGCAUUGACGUGCCGGCGGUUUAGGGUGAGGGUCACCUAAUUAGUGUCGUUCCCCAGCAUGUUGACGCCGUUGUUGUAAAAACGAGGGAUGGACGGACAAGGCCGAACGGAGGAUGAGUUUGUGUGCCCCGAGGCGCUGCGAGGGCCUUUGAGCUCCCAGCAGGACACCGUGGAGAGGAUAUUCGGCGUGUCGUUCACCAUCGGCGCCGGCAACACGGCGUACGGCGCCGGCGGCCAGAUGUGGCUGCAACUGCGAGGGUCGGACCGCGAGGUGAAAGCGGCAAAGAUGUUUGUGCGAGGUCUUGUGACCCAGGAGGAGCACCAGGAGAUGUCUUAUCCCGCCGUCCUCAACUGCGUCUUCUGCGGUGCCAGAGGCUUCUUCAUGGACUGCAUGAUCAAGAGCACUUCGGCGCACAUUGCGGUGGUCUCUCCGGGCGUCCUGCUCAUAUCUGGUCUUGCCGAGCCUGUGGUGUGUGCCUAUUCCCGCAUCGCAGACCUUUUGGAGCGAUAUAAGGGGGGGCAGGCUAGCUCCUCGGACACUGCCGAACGAGGUUCGGGUGAGCUGUGUUAUUCUCGCCGGGCCUUCAAAGCUCUGGUGGAGAAACGGGAGGACCGGCACAUUCUGGACCUCCUCGUGUUGCCGAGAUCUGUGAAGGAAGCGCUGCUGGACUUGGCGAAGGACGCGGAGCUUGUCUCUAACCCGACGCCAGGACAAGCGGAAGAAGGAUGGCAUGAGAGUAGCCGCCCCGGGAUGGCUUCGGGUGGCCCAGGGGAAGACCAAAGUGAGGCUCCGCAGGAGGCGGCAGAAGAGAAGCGGCCGGAGCGGGUGGCGACGCCAGCUGAGGUGGGCGGACGUCACGCCGACGGCGCGGGCUCCGCGCGACCCAAGGGGGGGGACGACUUUGUGCUGGGAGUGUUGAAGCAAGCUGCCGUGAGCUGCGGCUACACGGAGCACAAGGUGGCGCAGGCUUGCAGCAUGUUGCUGGACGGAUCCACCCACCAGCUGCUCAUGGAGCUGCAGAAGGAGAUGGAAGACUCAGUGAAGAAGGGUCAGAAACCUGCAGCGGCGAAGGAGAAUGAGAGAAGGGUCCCUUUUGGGCCAGUCGGGAGGCAAGACACGAGGGAUUCAGAAGAAUCAAACCAAACAGAACCUGGUGCAAAUCCAGAUUUGGUGUGUACGAAUGAAGCCCUACCGCCUCCACGUCCCGAUCCUGUUAAAGGGCCACCGGGGCCAACGUACGCUCGCAUCCCGUGCCCGAAACCCAAGCGCUGCUCAAACGGAGCGCUCCAAGCUCAGCGCUCUCUCACCGGAUCCGGGGAAAGCGGCGGUGCGCCCGGCGUUCCCUCGGUGGUGGUGACGGGCAAGCAGCGCUUCCUGGAGGGUCUGCAGACACCCUUUAAACUCCAGCUAACGGACCGACCGGGGAACCCCAAGCUGAGGACUGUCAUCAUAGACGGCAGCAACGUGGCCAUGAGUCACGGGCGGAGCCACUUCUUCUCGUGUCGAGGCAUCGCUUUGGCCGUUCAGCACUUUUGGGAGCGAGGUCAUCGGCAGAUCAGCGCCCUGUUGCCCCAGUGGCGGCAGAAGAGCGACUCCCGCAUCAGAGCCACAGAGCAGCACUUUCUCGGCGAGCUGCAGAAGCUGGGCCUGCUCUCCUUCACGCCCUCCAGGGAGGUCCUGGGCACCAGGAUCAGCUCGUACGACGACAGACUAAUGCUGCAACUGGCGCAAAAGACAGAAGGCGUGAUCGUGACUAAUGACAAUCUGAGGGACCUUUUGGAUGAGUCGGUCGAGUGGAGGGACAUCAUCAAAAAGAGACUGCUUCAGUACACAUUUGUUGGCGAUCAUUUCAUGGUUCCGGAUGACCCGCUUGGAAGAGGGGGUCCUCAUUUGGACCACUUCCUCAGUUUGGAGCACAGGACACCCGACCCGGGGAACCACUCGUUUGCCGGUGGAGCCACGAACUCCUCUCCCGUUCAUCCUCCGAGCUCACAAAUGCAAGUCCACGACUUCCCUGGCGCUCUGAAUGGAGCAGACGAAGGGAGCCAGAGCCAAGGGCAAGAGAUGGGACAGGUAGCGGAACACCGGCACGCAAAGUCAGGUGACCGAGGUCCUGGCGACCGGACGAUGGAGGCCACGGCGAGCCUGAGAGAGCGUCUUUGUCAGGUGUUUCCCGGCCAGGACAACACGGUGAUGCUGGUUCUGCAGAGCAACCCGACAGAGAACGACCUCAAUGUGCUUUCGGCCCUUCUUCUGGAGUAAGAGAAGAACUGCCAAUCUGCUGUGCACCGGCGUGUCCACUAGAGGCCGCACUCAAAGCAUUUUACAUUUCUCAACUGAACGACUUGGCAGCCGCCGUUUUCAUCUAUUUUGGGCAAUAUCCUCACCAAAACUCAGAAGCAGUUUUUAAUUCCUAGAAAUCAAUCAUUUCAAAUCAGCCUCAAUCCCACAAGGUGUUUAUGUUUCACCGCACUGAGGCGGAUGAAGCGACCUUUGCGUUUUGACCCUGUGUCGACCGGUUAGGAGCAUCCUCAGAUCGACGUGCGGGCCCGCUGAGCACGAAGCAUCUUUCAACGGUGUGUGUGUGUGUGUGUGUGUGUGUGUGUGUGUGUGUGUGUGUGUGUGUGUGUGUGUGUGUAAGUCAGUAAAUAAGUAAGUAAAUAAGUAAAUAAAAUGGCUUGUUUGACCACGCAGGCAGAUGAAACCACGUCAGGAAAGAGAAACAACAAAUCAGACAAAGGCACAUAUUCUUCAUUCAUAUGUUCGAAAGCAUUUUCAGCCCCAAAACAAACUUUGAUUUCCUUAUGUUUCUCAUUUCUCCACAAUAAAUAUAAAUAAAGCA